ACAUUUCGCGCUUGAUGAUUGCCAGUUAGUCGUGAUCUGACGGUCCUCCUCGAAACAGAGUCAGCAAUUCAGUUCGGGGCUCCCUGAGUGUGAAAUGUGAAUGGGUUGUUGUCUCACUAAAUUCUAAUUAUAAUCACAAUUGAGCAAAGUAUCACUCAAUUCUACACCCAAUCUCAAAAGUAUUAAAUUAGGAGCACCUCUCCAUUGUUUAAUUAGGAGCAGCAACCUAGUCAGGAAGAAAGAAAAAAUCAAGAAUGGCGUACUCAUGGGAUAACCGAGUGGAUUUUGUCGUCCGAUACAUGUAUGAUAUCGACAACAAUGGCUUCUUGGACGACAACGACUUCCAGUGCAUGGCAGUGAGAGCCGCCGUGAUCGAGGGAAAGGGAAACGUCACCGACAACCGCCUCGGGGAAUACCGACACAUCAUGAAGAGUCUGUGGGAUGAAAUCUCGGAAUUGGCUGACGAUGACAAGGACGGCAAAAUCAGCACGGAAGAAUUCAAAGGUGCUGUGAAGAAGACAUGCGUAGGCAAGCCCUACGAUGGAUUUCCACAGGCCAUGAAAGCCUUCAUUGAGGUCAAUUUCAAGAUGAUUGACUUGAAUUCUGACGGCAUUAUCAACCUGGAUAAGUAUCGCUACAACUGCAUCACCAGAAUCGCUGUGGACGAUCUCAAGGUUGUUGAUGAAGCUUUCAACCGACUACUCAAUGAUGAUGAUAGGAAACGAGGUGGCCUCACCUUGUCCAGAUACCAGGAGCUGUACAGCCACUACCUCGGCAAUUUGGACGAGAAGAACCCCGGAGUUACCCUGUUCGGCCCACUCGGCAACUAAAUAGGGAAAACACCUCCGGCGCCACGUCUUUCCCUCAUCAGCUUUGCGUUUCACCUUUCUUGAAUGACGAGAAAAAAAAAUCACCAAAAAAAUACGAGACUCCUUGUCAUGUUGAGCUAGAAAAGAUUUGAAAAAAAAAGCGUAAAAAACACCAUCCAUCGAAUCGGGGCGACGUCGUUAGGAUUAAGUUUUAAAUGGUAAUGGAGAAAAAAGAGAUAUGAUUAAAGGAUUACAAUAAAUAUAACAUUAAAUGUUAAUUGUAUAAUGGUAAAUGUGAUUCCCAGAACCGAAACAAGAUAUUAAGAAACCAAAAAAUAUUUCAACAUGUUGACGUUAAAUGUAAAGAGAUGAUGAAAAAAAUGAGAUAAAAAUAUAAUAAUUAUGUUCUAUGUUUGAUGUUUAUGUUGUUGUCGAGUUAUUUUAUUGCAUUAUUAUUAUUACUACUUUUUAGAUGAAUGAAACUAAAGUGAAAAAAAAUUGUAAUUGAAGAAAUACGCAAAACAAUUAACUCUGAAAGAUCAUUUUUUGCAAUAUUACCACACAACCACACUUUGACAUCACAGAGAAAGAAAGGAAUAGAUUAAAGUGUAUUUGAUGAACAACUCUAAAAGAUCAAAAGGAAAUAAAUGUAAAAGCGGUGAAAACCUAUAAAUGAGAUGUAGUGUCGAGAAACGUAUCAAUUUAUUGUAAAUGUUAAGAUGGAGUUUAAUGCUUAUUGUCGUUUUUUCCCCCUCUUCCACGGACAUUUUAGGCUUCUUCUUCGUCUCUCCAGCGGACAGUCUCACAAUCAAAUUCAUGUUCAGUUUCUGGGUGUUCACGUUGUAUAUCCUUCCGCCCCGCGCUUUGUGGAGUAGUUGACACAAAGAAAAUAGAGAAAAUUUCCUUUUAGCCAUUUAAGUAAACAACGAAAAUUCCUCUGCCGAGUGUCCCCAAAUGUGUGACCCUUCCUGCACACGCAACUCCAAAGAUUCCAUUCGUCAAGUGUCAUUGUCGAUUCCUCUAAUUUAAAGUUACACAAGAAAAGAGUAAAAAAAAAAAUAUCGAGUGCAGAGGCAAAAUGAACAAUGCUAAAGGUUACUGUUUAAGGGCAAAAAAAAGAGAAAGAUAGAAAGGAUGUCGACUUGAGAGCAAACAUGAGACAUUGUUCAGAAAAAUCGUGUUUCGUAAUACCAAAAGUCCAAAAGAAUAUCUAGAAAAAAAUGAAACUUAUGAUGAUGUGUCUCUUUAAUAUGGAACAAGGAAAAAGGAAAUAAAUUAAUUGUAUAAAAUGGGUUGAGAAA